CGGUUGCUGUCUCUGAUUCUCGUAUCGCGCACAAUCGCGCACGGAGGGCGGAAUCUGCUCCGCAAUUCGAUCCGUUCGCGCGAGUGUCUCGGAGCAGCGGCUUCUGCAGGAAUUUUCCGAUCUUCCAGGAUAUACGUGACUGCGGGUAGCGGCGAGGUAGCAUCAAUCUCUGGCAGGAUAUUAUGUGGCGCGGGCGUCUCCUUGAGGUCACGUUCGGCACGACGCUGUCGCGAUCGGCGAUUCUUUAAUUCUCGCCACCGAGAGACUGCGAACGCGCCGUUGAGAAAUUUCAAGGAUUGUCACCGUCGUUGUCGUGUUUACCUGCUGCUCCCGACGGGAUAUCCUCCGAGAAGGCACGAGCGUUUCCGGCGUCCGUUUCGCGUACAAUGCUGCCGUUUGCGAUGGCGAAUUUUGUCGUGUCCAAGCACCGGGUCCUCCUCCUCUUGUUUGUGCUGAGUCGGACGGGUCACGGCCACGACGAGGAGGAGCAUACUCUUCAAUAUACCGACGACAACUUUUCCACAGAAGUUGCCAAGAAAAAUCACUUCGUCAUGUUCUAUGCACCAUGGUGCGGUCACUGCCAAAGACUCGGGCCUACAUGGGAGCAGUUGGCAGAAAUGUCGAACGAAGAGGACAGCAAUAUAAGAAUCGCCAAGGUGGAUUGCACGACUGAGAGUGCUUUGUGCAGCGAGCAGGAUGUCACUGGCUAUCCCACACUGAAGUUUUACAAGGUUGGAGAAACAAAAGGCGUCAAGUUCCGAGGCACUCGAGAUUUACCCUCAUUGACUUCUUUUAUUAAUGAUCAACUAGGUAGUUCAUUGGUUGAAGAUGUUUCACCAUCUCCCCCAGAAGCUGUGAAUGGCUUAUUGGAAUUAACAGAAGACACAUUCGAGAAACAUGUAUCUUCUGGGCAUCAUUUUGUCAAAUUUUACGCGCCCUGGUGUGGACACUGCCAGAAAUUAGCUCCAACAUGGGACGAAUUAGCCAACAGUCUGCGCAACGACGAUGUAGUCAGUAUUUCUAAGAUAGAUUGCACGCAACAUCGUAGCGUCUGCGGUCAGUUUGAUAUUAAAGGAUAUCCCACGUUGUUGUGGAUCGAAGAUGGGAAAAAGGUAGAUAAAUAUACCGGUCAGCGUACUCACGAAGAGCUGAAGACUUACGUUUCAAUGAUGCUAGGUAAGAACGCUGAGGAGUCGAGCCGAAAGAGCGAAAGCACCGAUGGAGCUCCGCACGCUAUAUUGAGCUUAACAGCCGACAGUUUUCAGCAAGGUAUUGAAAAGGGUGUCUCAUUUGUUAAAUUUUUUGCACCUUGGUGCGGACAUUGUAAACGUCUGGCUCCCACAUGGGAGGAGCUGGGCAAGAAGUUCUUCGGCAACGAAAAUGUGAAUAUCGUCAAAGUCGACUGUACGCUUGACGUAAGUAAACUAUUGUGCAAUGAACAAGAGGUGGAUGGUUUCCCGACAUUAUACUUGUAUCGUAAUGGACGCAAGAUCUCAGAGUAUAAUGGUUCGCGUAAUCUCGAUGAUCUGUACGAUUUCGUCAUGAAUCAUUUGAAGACACAUGAUGAAUUGUAAUCUGUAUUUAUCGUAAAACCACCGUGAUAGGUCUCGUAAUAUAUUCCCAAUAGUACUUUGAAUAAUUGAAUUAUUGAAUUAAGACGUAUCGAUUUUUCCAUCAUCAAAUGGAAGAAGAGCAAGACUUUUUUCAUUUUUAUAUCUUAUACAUCAAGAGAAGAAAAAACAAUAUACUAUAUACAGAAUGUAUAGAAUGUAAUAUACCAGAAUGUAAUCAUGUCGAAGAUGUACUUCCAAAAUAUAUCUAUUUAUUGUCUUAUU